GGCCACCCCCAAGCCACUGCACUGCGGCACUUCUAGGAGUUUCGCUGCCCUAGGGAUCUCAUAAGAGUGGGGGCACAGCGUUUGUUUUAUUUCACGUAACAGCAUCUUCGAGGCUCGCCCAUGCCCAUGGGUUAGAAAUCCCUUCUUAGGUAAGACUCCACACCAUCCCACCGCGUGGAUAACGCCUGUUUUGGUUUUGUCUGCGCACAUGCAUCGGUGGGUACUGGGCUGCUUCCUCCACUUGACUGAGGUGAUCCUGAGCGAUUGCCGAGUGAACCCAGGCUGGGAUUCCGGGUCACGGCCACUGUGCACAACUUUUGGAUGUCUGCUACUCCUAGCAGCGCCUGGGGGUCCAAUUACCCCCACCUUCUCGCUACCGCAUUACCGCCUGCGGUAUCUGUAUAGUAGCCAUUCUGGCGGUUUUGAACUGCAUCCCUUCUGGGACACGGACAGUCUCCUUUCUCCGCCAACUACUCGUGCUCGUGGGGUGCUGCAGGCCCUUUAACCGGUCAUCGCCGCCCUAGCCUCCUCCGAGGGAGAAAGCUCAGAUGCCCAGGAGCCCGGUCGGCGGGCCACCACCGAGUCGCGGUCCUCCCGCGUCUAGACCUGUUCGGAGGCACGCCGGAAGUGGAUGAGGCUGGCCGGAAGUGAGCGCAACGCCGCAGCCCCGAGAUGAAGCCGGCCGUGGAUGAGAUGUUCCCCGAGGGCGCGGGGCCCUACGUGGACCUGGAUGAGGCUGGAGGGAGCACCGGCCUCCUGAUGGACUUGGCAGCUAAUGAAAAGGCAGUUCAUGCGGACUUUUUUAAUGAUUUUGAAGAUCUCUUUGAUGAUGAUGAUGUCCAGUGAAGCUGUCCAGUCGUAUAUGCUCCACAUUUGUGAUGUGUCUCGAAUUUCUCAGGACAGGAUCGGAUGAUCAUAGAGACCUUGCAGAGAUCACUAGAAGUCAGGACCUGGUCAGCCAAAGGAGGGGGACUGUCUGAACCAGCUGAGCGCUGCUGUCUCUGAGAAUGCUAGCCCCUCGUUCUUACGUAAAUUAAAAACAGUACCAUGACACGCA